AUGGACCGCCCAGCUGCCCUGCAUUUCAUCAACACCACUCAUCCUGGGGAUGCCACCACCUCAAGCAGCUUAAGUCAGAUCCGAUCACAUGCACAAAAAGAAAUACGUCUACGUGCACGCAGGUUGCGCAAAGCCGCUCCGCCGCAGGGCAAAAAAGGGGAUACUAAGAGGAUCGAGCAGCUGAAACAGAAUACCGACGGUAAACGAGGCGACACAGCGGUCAGCUCAAUUAACAUUACAUCUAGUAAUAGCCAGGAGGCUGUCGAAGAGCCCACAUCAACAGUACCUUCGAUGGCACUGUCUCGCUCACCCCAGGCAAUUGGUCUCUCUUCUGUAGCUCCAUGUGGAGGCUUCUCUGAAAAGGAAGGCUUCCUCCUUCUUCACUAUGUCAAUUACGUUAUACCGUUCAGCAAUGGCAGCUGUCACAAGAAUAGAAACAGCUCCAGUCGGUGGCUUAUAGACCUGCAGCUGAAACACUGGAUCCCAUUGGCUCUUUCGGACCGUGGUCUCAUGGCUGCACUAUUUCUACAGUCUUGCCAUAGUCUGGGAGUAUUGAAUCCACAUCAGGAUUAUGCGGAUAUGUCAACCAAGUACCGACUGCAGUGCAUCCAGUCAACGAAUGCCUCAUUAGCCACCACAGCGACUCAGAUGAGUGAUGCCACCAUUGCAAAGGUCAUGAUAAUGGCAAUUGAUGAGUUUACAAUUGGGAAUGUCGACGCCUGGCGUGCCCACCUUGCGGCAAUUACCUGGAUGAUCGAGAGGAGAGGCGGUGUUGAUGCCUUGGGAGUUGGUGGGUUUCUGAAAGAAGUCAUCGUCAAUACGCCUAUAUUCUACGAGUAG